GGCAAAAUACUGGCUAAGGAUAUCUGCCUCCCUAGGAUGCAGGGGUUAAUGUUUCUGCGUCGAGGAUUUCUCAUUACAACCACUACGAAUCAUUCCUCUGUUUAGACCUAAUAGCAGCGUGUGCUGGGCUGGUCUCCCAUAUUCAAGCCGCAGCAUAUAAAGAGACAGACAGAGGCAUAUACAAUGUUUUGUUCUUUCCUUCAACUAUCAUGUUUGGACGGUCGCGGAUAUGAAUCGACUAUUUAUGCUGGAAAAGAAAAAUCGGAAUCAAAAUUUGCGGGAAGCGCGCUGUCAGAUUAUUCGAUUUCUCCUGAUGUCUAAUGUGAUUACAUUUUUCGUUUCAUUGCCUCUUCUUCUUUCUUAUUUAUCUCCUCUUUCGUCCCUCCUCCCCCGUUUUUUCUUCUUCGUUUCUUUCAAUGUAUCAAUCACGCGAUUGUUAUGUCUUCUUGACUUUUUAACGAGAUUCAACAAAUAUCUUCUCUCUCUCUCUCUCUUUCUAUUUACCCCCUUAAGAACAAAAGCUGGAGGUUGUUGUUCACUUUCAGACUUUUUAUGCUUUGUUUCCUUUUUUUCUAGCUUGAUAGGACUUGUUUUAUAAUGUCUUGUUCGAACAAGGUUGGAUGAAGAGCGAAAAGCAAAAAGCGGCGAUAGAUUGAGAUAGCAAGAAGGAACGUGUGAAUCAAACCCUUUUUAGCUCACUU